AUCUUGAUACUUUAUUAGCGAGUUGUUCUUGGGACUUGUUUUAUACAAAUUGCCAAAGAUCAUACGUGAAAACUGUUGUACACCGGGUUUCCAAAAUGAGAAAAAAAAAAACACCAAAAAAAUGAAAAUUUUGGAAACUAGAUAUUAACAAAGAUCCAUCUUACCAAUAUGUUACGGGGAAUACAGCAUUUUAUUUCUCUAUUUACGAAUCUCAUGCUUAGGGAAUUAAACUGUCAAAUAUGUAAUCUUGGCAUGGAUAACAGGAAUGAAACGAAUUUAUCAUCGGUAUAUCACUACGCUUAUGCAGAACUUACCGCAGACAAAGCCUUGAAUGGAAACUAUUCCAUCCACCAUACUGACUGUGCUGGAUCUGCUAAUGAUACAUCUCGUCCUUAUGCCUGGUGGCAAGUCACUUUUAAGUCUGUUUCCAAAAUUUUCAAAAUCAACUUUAUCUUCCGAGAAAUGUACUAUCGACAUGUGGGAUAUUACGUCUUCAUCACCAAUCACACGGUGAAAUACGAUCAGUUGAGCGGACUAGAUCCUGUGUAUCAUGACAAUGAAGCAAAUUCUAGCUUCCAAAACACGAUAGUUUUUCCCGGAGGCUACUACGGACGCCAGCUUUACCUCUUCGUCAACCAUACUAAACCCUCUUUUAUGGAACCAUGUGAGGUGGAAAUUUUCGGCUGUGUUACAAAUGAGAAUGUCCCGGGUUGUAACUGUUCAGAUGCCACGAUUGAUAAUCAGGAACUGGUUCUGUGGGACAGCAGAAUUGCAUUUGGAAAUGGGACCGUCACCCUACACUGUUACAAGUACUACCUCUCUAUCAUGAACCUGACCAGUCAGACUGAGUCAGAAUUAGAGAGUAUUUUAGAGGCGUGUGACGGAAAACAACACUGUACCAUUCCAACAAGUCAGAACUUGAAAUACAACACAAUCAACUUUUAUUGCACCGACCGAUGUGUAAAUGAAGCCUACAACAACACAAUUUUUGUCUCUCAACUCAUGACAGAUUCAGGUAUACGAUAUCAUAGGCCUACUGAGGCCUGCAUUGAUUUCACUGCGUUCCUUAAGUCUCGAGAAUUAAACUGUUCAGAGCGAUAUGUACUGACCAACGGAAACCUCACUCUGCAGUGCCAAAGAGAGGGCCAGUGGAUUGGGGAAGCCCCAGUGUGCAAUGUUACAUGCCAGGAACCUAUACAUGAUAACAUUACGACGAUUCGACAUACACAUCCCUUCUCCAAUUAUUUUGUUGAUUAUAGUGUAACUUACACAUGCAGGAAAAAUCAUCGUAUCGUGGAAGGGAAUUUAACGAGAGUUUGUAAUAAGAGUGGUGAUUGGACAGAAGAUAAACCCGUCUGUAAACGUUGUGAAUGUCCAUGUGAGCGGUUAAAGUCUCAGAAUUUUAUCACAGACCCUCAAGUACUUCAAAACAGAAUCAAAGAAAUGGAAAAAGAAUUGACAAUUAACGAAAAGGCUCUUUCAGCCUCAGUGAGGAAGAAGACAUGCGCAAAGGACGAAAGGAAAUCAGCAAAAGGAAUUGGAUCCGUCCUUGGGAUCGGGAUAAUCGUUUUUGUUGUGUCCAUAAUUGUUUGUAGUGACAUCCCAAUACUCUAUAGACACAUCCGUUACGGCCCGUGAUAUCAGCUGCGGGCUGAUGUGUUAUAUUUGUUUGUUCAAAGGUACAUUUGGAGUAAUUUAUCCAUGGUCUAAAGAAAGACUUUAUUAGCGACUUUUAUUACCUUAUAGGAAACAAGAGGAAAUAAGAAAAUUCAAUGUUUAUUGACUUUUUGAAUUGAACUAUUGACAUGCGUUCUGUUUACCUGUAUAUCUCAAGGUGAAUUGUUUAAGUGCAUUUAAUAAUUUUUCUGUUAAUUCUAUUCGAAUGCCGACUGCCUUGUCUUUAAAUAUGUCAUCGGUUCUGGAAUUUACACAGUUUCUAAAAUCGAAAGGUAAAAAUAGAGAAUUGGAAGAAAUAUUUGAUUGUCCAACUUACUAAAGAGAAUAUCAACACAACAUUUGCCCAGAUGGUCAAGAGAUUUGUGCAUUGCAGAUUUUCGAAGAGAGUCACUUUUGUAGAUUUGUGUACCAAUUUAAGGCCAGGACUGAUGUAAAGUUCUAACAACCCAAACCUUAAACUGGUUCAUGUUUUAAAGGAAAUUCAAUUUUUCAUCGACAUAAAAUAUCGCUUUGUCACUGAAAUCAGAGAUACUAGCUAGUUAACCUAAUCUAAAAUGCUUCAGCAGUGAACCGUAACCAAUGCUUCAGUAAUUUUUCACAUCGUUUCUGUCCUGAUCAUUUUACAAUCUAUUCAUGUAUUUUUUUUUAUAAAAAGGAGAACUAAAUAUAAAUAAUGAAAAUCUCUCGUUUAUAUCUUGAAAAAAGACGUGUAUUAUAUUGUAAGUAUGAAAAUAAGAUGUGUUAAUUGAGAAUACGUCGUCGAUAUACCUGCAUGGUGAGUUGAUCGCCACAACGAGUGUUUUCACGUACAAUUUUCAGAAUAAAUUCUGCUUCAUAUGAAUUAAAAAUAUGUCUGCUAACAAUGAGAUGCAAUUGAUACAUAUGGGAAUCCCAUCAGAUUGUUGUAAGACCUGAUUUCCAUAACCUACAUAAAUGUGGUCUAUCAGAACUCAGUUAUCUUUUUAAUACCCAUUUCAGAGUAAUUGUGUGCAUAAUCGGAUAGGUUUUUAACAAGAUAGUUUUGUAAAACUAGUAAGUUAAUUUACGUGAUCCAUUUUUAUUAAAAAAGCAACUAUCAAUGAUGUUAAAAAAGUCUGGACACUAAUCUAUCGUGGGAGAUAGUUGUAUAAAGUCUAUAAAAGUCGUAAGUUUUGAGGCUAUACAUUUUGGAGAAAUUUUGGGAUUUCAAAUUUUCUCUAAGUUUUUUUAAAUUCUUAAGUAUCUACAUCUGAUUUACACCGCUUCUUGAAUUACUGUUGCACAGUAUCUUGAAAAAUAUUCUUGUCCAUUUAAUAAAAAUUCUUUUUCCAAAUAAUUUACUCCUAUUUACUCUUUUCUAAAAGAAAAAAAGCAGUUAAAAAUGGUAGGCCUGCAUUCCAUGGAAACUACAAAAUAGAGGUGGAAAAAAAAUGAAUUCUAAGAAACUGUUGGUAUAUCUGAACAUUGUGAACUACUUUUAAAAUACCGUUAGUAUAUUUUCCAUUCCAUAUCAGAAUCCUGUCGUUCAUUACACCCUUUUGGAAGUUUUAAACAAUUAUCACCAGUUUUCAGUUGACACAAAGAUGAUGACAUGUACGGUAUAAAUGUCAAUGUAAAAUGAUUACUAUUAUCCAGAAAACUGGGGAAAAUAAGAGCACCAUUCAAUAUCAGAUGUAUAUUUUUAUAUGGACAUUAUUUGAAAUCUGAAGACAAAAUCUGUUAAAUUAUUUCACAUUUACUGCACUCUCCUCUGCUCCUGGGUAUCGAGCCCAUGAACUAAGUAUAUAGUAAUGAUGAGAAAGAAUGCCUCUUCAAAAAUGCUGAAUUUCAUGGACCCUGGAACAGGGGUUCUUUUGUUAGGACGGGGCUCUAGUGAUUUCAUGGUAAAAAUGCAUUAAUCAUUUAAAAAUAUUCUCCUUUGUUCCUGUGUAU